CUGAGAGGGGAGGAAACACUGCGACGACGCAAGGAGGGAUCCCAGCAUCUCACUUCGAUGGGUGUUCAGCUCUGAGCUGGGGUAAAUCCUCUGAAUGUAGGCACUUGAUAUCUCCACAUCUAUUUCUAAGCCUGUACUCCUCCUCCAGUCUGCAGUCAUGAACUACCUGCGCCGGCGUCUGUCGGACAGCACCUUUAUCUCCAACCUGCCUAAUGGCUACAUGUCAGACCUGCAAAAACCAGAUCCUCCUCAACCUCCACCCCCUGGACCAGCCCCAGGACCAGCUCCGGCGUCCCCAGGCCAGGAGAGAAAACCCAUCCAGCCCCAGCCAUCAGGGACGGGCUUCUUCAGCUCCAUCACCAAUGUGGUGAAGCAGACAGCCGCCUCGGCAGGGCUGGUCGAGCAAACGCCUGUGCCCGCAUCGUCCAAAAGACACAAGAUCCUGCUGGUCAUCGAUGAAGCCCAGCAGGACUGGACCAAACUCUUUAGAGGGAAAAAACUGAAUGGAGAUUAUGAUAUUAAAGUUGAACAGGCUGAGUUCAGUGACAUCAGUGUUGUGGCUCAUGCUAAAGGAUCAUGUAACGUGGCUGUGCAGGUUCUGCAGAAUGAAAACAAGGUUGUCAGGUCAUUUAAGCCCGACUUUGUCCUGAUCCGACAACAUGCUUUCAGCAUGACAGAGAACGAGGACUUCCGUAACUUAAUCAUCGGACUGCAGUACGCCGGUAUUCCCAGCAUCAACUCACUGGAGUCCAUCUACAACCUCUGUGACAAACCCUGGGCUUUUGCAUGUCUGAUCAGCACUUACAAGAAACUCGGACCGGAGAAAUUUCCAUUAAUUGAACAGACAUUCUAUCCCAACUAUAAAGAAAUGGUGACCAUGCCGGCAUUUCCUGUUGUGGUGAAAAUCGGGCACGCUCACUCUGGAGUGGGGAAGGUGAAAGUGGAUAACCACACAAAGUUUCAGGACAUAGCUAGUGUGGUGGCCAUUACACAGACAUACAGCACAUGUGAACCUUUCAUCGAACCCAAAUAUGACAUCAGGAUUCAGAAAAUUGGAAAUGAUUACAAAGCUUACAUGAGGACGUCAGUCUCAGGUAACUGGAAGUCCAACGUUGGCACUGCCAUGGUGGAACAGGUGGCUAUGACAGACAGGUAUAAGCUAUGGGUAGACACCUGCUGCGAAAUAUUUGGAGGCCUUGAAAUUUGUGCUGUAAAAGCUAUUCAUGGAAAAGAUGGAAAAGAUUACAUUACUGAGGUAAUGGGUUCGUCUAUGCCUUUAGUGGGGGACCAUCAGGCUGAAGACCAGCAGCUAAUCGCAGACAUGGUCAUUGCCAAAAUGAAUCAUGUUAUGGCACAAAAUCACAAAAGACCAACUGCUAUUCAACCAAAACAGAUGACUGUUGAAAAGGACGCUUUGGUUGACGUUAAGAACGGCCCACCACAGAAAGCUCCUCCACAGGGGUGUUUGCAGUACAUUCUUGACUGUAAUGGUGUUGCUGUGGGACCAAAAUUAGUGCAAGCAAACUAACAUAACCAUGAGGACUCGACCCAGUUAAACUUCUGACAAGAUGUGUUCGAACAUUCAGACAGUGGCCCAAGGUGCAAGUGAACAAAUAAUCAGUAAGAAAAGUCUUAGUGUGGGCCUGGUUUGUAUUUCAGUCUGUACUGUGUAACUCUCACUGUUGUGCGCUUGUGAUGGUUGCUUUUGUUUCUAUGUGAAGCGGUUUUCUCUUCAGGGUUGUUGUGUGUGGUGAUACAGCAGAUUGUGCCUAGUGUUCAGUGCCACUCUUUCAACUGUACUUUAUAUAUAUAUAUAUUUUCUUGUCUUAUGUCUGUUAUGUUUCAGUAAAUUGCGUACAAAGGGUGUGUGUGUGUGUGUGUGUGUGUGUGUGUGAAAGAAUGGAGACUAUAAAACGUAAAUGAAUACUUUAAAUGCAUGAUCAAAUCUGUGUGCCAUUGUGUGUUAAACAGUGAGGUGUGUAUUUUUUGUUUCUUUUGUGAUCACUGUUGAAAUAAUAUAUAUAUAUAUAUAUCAUUUUUGCACUUCUAGUAUUGUAAAUGUGUUAUAAAAUAUAAAAAAUGUAUUUGCUAUAUUGAAAGCUAUAUUACUGGACAUCAGUCAUUUUUGGGUUGCAAAAAUGUGGAGAAUUCUUUUCUUGUUAACAAUAUUAUUGCAGAAUUGCAAAUUAAAUAAGCAGCAAUAAAAAUAAAACUCUGAACAACCACUGAA